AUGGAGUCGAUACAGAGCCGAGUGGAAUCGUGGAUCAGAGACCAGAGGGCGAAGUUCCUACGGGUCUCUUGGGCCCCACUUCAAUGGAGGUUUCGCUGGCCACCGUGGAACGGAGAGGAUGCCGAUCAGAGGAUUAAGAUCCGCCGGGAGUACGAGAAGCGCAAAAAGCAAAUUCAGGAUCUUUGCCUCGCCCUUAAAUCAGAGUCUGUCGAAGAUUUGCAGGACUUACUCUGUUGCAUGGUGCUCUCCGAGUGUGUUUACAAGAGACCUGCGAGUGAGAUGGUAAGAGCUGUAAACAAAUUUAAAGCGGACUUUGGUGGCCAAUUUAUUUCCUUGGAGAGAGUUCAAUCUUCAUCAGAUCACGUUCCUCACAGGUAUCUACUCGCUGAGGCAGGGGAUACAUUGUUUGCAUCAUUUGUUGGAACUAAGCAAUAUAAGGACAUUAUGGCAGAUGCAAAUAUACUUCAAGGUCACAUAUUUCACGAUGAUGUGGCUGAGGAUGAAUGCGUCGCAGCAUCUGUACCUUUACAAAGUGAACCACUCAAGAGUAAUGGAGAGGGUCUGCGGAAUCCUCUUAGUUCAAAGGCUAAUCAACGCAGACAGAAGCCCAUACCUGCUGCUCAUCGGGGAUUCUUGGCUCGUGCUAAGGGGAUACCUGCUCUGGAACUGUAUAGACUUGCUCAGAAAAAGAAACGAAAGCUUGUCUUAUGUGGACAUUCACUUGGUGGAGCUGUAGCUGCACUAGCUACACUGGCCAUAUUGAGGGUUGUUGCUGCCUCUUCUACAAAGAAAGGAAAUGGAAAUGUCCAUGUCAAAUGUAUAACCUUUUCCCAGCCGCCUGUUGGGAAUGCUGCGUUGCGAGAUUACGUACAUGAAAAAGGGUGGCAUCACUAUUUCAAGAGCUACUGUAUACCUGAAGAUUUGGUCCCAAGAAUAUUAUCUCCUGCAUAUUUUCAUCACUACAAUGAGCAAAGAGUGUCAAUGGCUGGACAGACCGAAGCCACAGAUUCGUCAUUCUCAAAAAAGGCUGGUCAGGGUGUAACUUCAGAGGCAGAAAAGACAAAAGGUGAAGAACAUGAGCAGUUAGUCAUUGGUGUUGGCCCUGUUCAGAACUCAUUCUGGAGGCUUUCAAGACUUGUUCCCCUAGAGGCUGUUAAGAAGCAACUGGACAGGUAUAGAGGAAAGCAAGUGGAUCCUGCAGAGAGUUCUACUGCAAAUGAAUCUGUAGCGUCGGCUCCUAUUGAGGACGUGGUUAUUGAACCACAAUCUCUUGAAAUAGAAGAGGGUAGGGAUGGUAUCUCUCUCAAGCCAUUGCCAGAUACUGGUAGCGGACAAACAAAUAAUGGAAGGAGUGACGGCAAGACCGAUUCAUCCAAUGGGUUUGGAAAUAGCUGGCGUCCUUCUUUACCUUCUUACGUUCCAUUUGGACAGUUAUAUCUCUUGGGAACUGCAUCUGUGGAAUCACUUUCAGAAGGAGAGUACUCUAAAUUGACAUCGGUCAGAUCAGUGAUUACCGAACUGAGGGAACGUCUUCAGUCACAUUCUAUGAAAUCCUAUAGGUCUCGCUUCCAGAGAAUACAUGACCUCUGCAUGGAUAUUGAAGGAUUUUUCGGGGUGGAUCAACAAAAGCAGUUUCCACAUUUACAACAGUGGCUUGGACUUGCUGUUGGUGGUAGUAUAGAACUUGGGCAUAUCGUUGAAUCACCGGUCAUCAAAACCGCCACUUCUAUCGCUCCUCUUGGCUGGAACGGCGUUCCUGGUGAUAAGAAUGCAGAGCCUCUAAAAGUUGAUAUCACUGGAUUUGGGUUGCAUUUGUGCUCUUUUGUGCAUGCACAAGUGAAUGGCAACUGGUGCUCAACGACUGUGGAAUCCUUCCCUUCAACACCUGCUUAUUCUUCAGAUAACGUAGAACAGACUGAACUACAGAAAAUCAGGGUGACCAUUGGAGCUCCUCUGAAGCGACCUCCAAGCAAUCAGUUAGUUGAAGAUCCUAUAGUUCCUAUGUUCGCGUCUGUUGAUUCAAACACCGGUUUGCUGAAGGAAGGUAUCAGUCUAGGAUUUUUUCAAGAGGACAAGUUUGUUCGUCCUGAAGGUUUGGAGGACUUGUAUAUAUUCUGUACUAGUGAUUUCACCACUGUAGCUAAGGAGGUUGAUGUUAGAACACGGAGAGUGCGAUUACUCGGGCUUGAGGGUGCUGGUAAAACCUCUCUGUUCCGGGCAAUACUUGGUCAAACCAUGCUGAGUUCGAUGACCCACGUUGAGAAUCUGCAGAUACAGUCCGAUGUUCAAGAAUGCAUCGUUGGUGGUGUUUGCUACUCCGACACAGUAGGCGUAAACCUGCAGGAGUUGCACUUAGAGGCUUCUCGCUUUAGAGAAGAGCUAUGGAAUGGAGUUCGUAACCUAAGCAAAAAGAUAGAUUUAAUUAUCCUUGUGCACAAUCUGUCUCACAGAAUACCACGUUACCAAAACUCAGCAACACAACAACAGCAAGAGCACCAGCAACCAGCACUUUCUCUUCUGUUAGACGAGGUCAAAUCUCUGGGCAUCCCUUGGGUCCUGGCCAUUACAAACAAGUUCUCAGUCAGUGCCCAUCAGCAGAAAUCCAUCAUAGAAGCUGUUCUCCAUGCAUACCAAGCGUCUCCAAACACAACCGGGAUUGUCAACUCUAUCCCUUAUGUUAUUUCUACCUCUGGAAGCUCCUCACUGCCUUGGGCAGCUGUGAAUGCGGGUAAUGAAGGAUUGUUAGGUGCUCAGAAGCUGAUAUUCGCUCCACUCGACCUUGUCAAAAAGCCUUUUCAGAGGAAAGACACUGUUUUCCCAGUGGACGGUGUGAAUUCCCUCUGCCAGCUUGUCCAUCGUGUCCUUCAAACUCAAGAAGAAGCUUCCUUUCAGGAACUUGCUAGAGACAGACUGUUGGUGGAACUAGCCAAAGGCCGUGCAGCAGAUAAUUCACAGCCCAAGUCAUCUUCCAUGUCAGCAGCAGCCGUGGGUGCUUCACUUGGAGCCGGUCUUGGCCUUGUCUUAGCAGUAGUUAUGGGUGCAGGUUCUGCUUUACGGAAGCCAUGA